UUCUUGUCACUUAGCAACUAAUUUGCAAAUUGAUAAAAUGGACCGAAGACUGUCUUUUCUACGAAUUUAUUGUUAAAAUAAUGGGGCCAACUAUUACCAUAUUUUUAUGUUAGAUUAAAUGGAAACUUGCUUACAAUUUAUAAUGGCUUACAGUCGAGGAAACAUGAGGCGGAUUGCUUUCCGCUCACGAGGAAGAUCAGCUCAAUCACUUGACGUUAAUGGACCGCGAGUUGAUCCAAGUGCUGGUGGAGACGGUCGAAUGUUUUUGCAAAUCCGACCUGCGAUUGCUGAUCCUAGACAUGCACUUGUCCAGCGAUCUAACACCAUACUCUCUGGACAUGAUUUUGUGCCACGAGAAGACAUAAAAGACGAGAUGAUAAACAUGCAGGCGGUUGGUGAAGGCAAAGUUCAGUUAUCACGAACUGCUCAAGAAAAAGAUCGCCUACCAGAUAGAAUAAGCCUGGACAGAAGGGGCCUUUCGUCAAUACCACACAUUGUUGGAGAACCCGGACUAAGACUCUUAUCGUUACAACACAAUUUAAUCAACAGCCUCUCGGGUCUAUCACCACUUGACUUGGGGAAACUGGUAUUUUUAGAUGUUUAUGAUAAUCAAAUUGAUAAAAUCACUUCUAUGGAGAGACUGUUUAGCUUGCGAGUAUUGUUGAUGGGAAAAAAUAGAAUAAAACGAAUUGAAGGUUUAUCAAACCUAUUAAAGUUAGAAGUUUUGGAUUUACAUGGAAACAGAAUCGGCAGAGUGUGUGGUUUGUCUAAUCUAAGUGAACUAAAAGUGCUCAAUUUAGCUGGUAACCAAAUAAAAUGCAUAGGACCAACUGAUCUCCAGGGAUUAGUUUCUCUGAGAGAACUGAAUCUGAAAAGGAAUCGUUUAAAGAAACUGCUUGGAUUCCAAAAUACUCCCAAGCUACAGAAAUUAUAUUUAGGAAACAAUGAUUUACAAAGUGUGGAAGAUAUGUCGUCACUCGCUGAAGCCACGUCGCUUAUUGAUGUUUCUCUCGAUGGGAAUCCUGUUGCACUAGGUGGAGACUGCACGCCAUUCUUGGUGUCAUAUUUACCAAAUUUAUUAACGCUUACGAACAUGCAUGUAACGGAACAAGUGCGCAGAGCAGCUAUGGCGUGGAGAAGUAACAAAGAAGCUGCUCGCGCCGCUUAUUGUGCUCUCGGAGGAGCAGCACAGCAAGAGGCUAGACGCGAUCAAGUUAUAAACAAUGCUCGCACCAACUGGGAACUACUCAGGUCAGAAAACAAAUGCUUCGUUACUGCUGCGAGUCCUACGAAAAAUGUUGAAACUGAAAAAGAUUCAUCUAUUGAGUCUCCAUCAAUUAUUCAGACUGGCACACAAACUUCAGAUGCAGCAGCCCUACCCGACGUCGUAGUUUCCUUACAACAGCCCGAUACUGAAGAUUCUGAUUGCAAAAACAAUAGCAAUGCAAAUACCAAAGCAAUUACGGAAGCACCAAAACAGUCACCAAUGAAAAAAUUACAAAGGAGCUCGACUGCACGUAAACCAUCAGAACGGCGUGUUAACUUUUCAGAUAGGAGUGCCUCGCAAGAUACUGACGCCUCCCACUCUACCUCCACAAGCAGUGAUCUCAGACUACCUCCCAUAUUAUUACCAAUAAUUUCUUCAUUAGAAAACGUAAAACUUUCAGAUGGCACUGAAAAUGUAUUAAAACGUUGGGAAAGUAUUUCUAGUUUGGAACCGGUUGUUGAUUCUUCCUUCAGUUCCUUGCCUUCUUCUACAAGCGAUAGUGAAGAAGAAACUAGUAAGAUACGCGUACGUCGUAUGCCCACUGCAUUGAGACGCCGCGAAAAAUUCAGCACCAUGCGUUCUAAAUCCGUUUGCGAUCCAGAAAGUCGAAGAUUUAAGGGUAAAAAUUCAGACAACAGUGAAAAUGCUAGUAACAUAUCAGCAGGCAGCACCAACAUUGGUAAUUCCUCAACUUCAGGAAGUGAUCAGAACAGCAAAGCAUUGAGACGGGAAAAUUCAUUAAAUAGUAGACUUAGUAACAGAAAUAUACGCAGUGCAACAAUAUCAAGAAGAAGUGAAAGAGCUUCUUCUGCCAGUAGAGCUUCAACAAGCAGAGUAAAGUCUGGAGGUAAAAGUUUAGCCAGUUUCAAAACAUCUGAACCUGUCCCAAAAUCGAUUCCGACGUGUAAGGAUCGGGAACAAGGUAUAGAUUAUUUAGUAGAAGUUUGUGACGGAUUGGUAAGCGCUUGGGGUGCGGGCGCAGUGCGUCGUCUAGCCCGUGAUUGGGAUUGGGAAAAAGCUCGAACUGUUACUCGAGCCGCAUUUCACUACGUACAUUUCAACGCUGUGGCACAAUCUUUAUCUGAACUGAAAAACAAGUUUCCCAAUGUUACACACAUAUCGGUACGCGCUACUGGACUUCAAUGCCUUGGUCAGCUGCAUGCUUUAGCUGAACUGAGGGGAAUCACUGGACUAACAGUUUUCCCCGAAGGGAAUCCUAUUCAAGCAAAAAUAUGGAGAGAAUACGCUAUCUACCGACUUGCUCAUUGGGGUUUAAAAGAAGUUAAUGAGGAAAUGGUGACCGAUGAUGAAAUAAAAUCAGCUAACAAAACGUAUCACGGUCUGAGUGACAUAGUGCUGAGAGCUUUGCCGGAUGCCCCGCUUCAGCCCUUACUAUCACGUCUUGGAAGAAGUGGCCAUAGCACAAUCAGCGCGAAGACCUGGCUCAGAGCAGCGGACCCAGCAUUACGAGAUGUCAUUGCUAAAGAAGCUUUACAAUACAAAAAAGGAAAUGUAUCUCAGGAGGAUAUGAGUUGGCGCGUUCGAGGCCGUGGCCAACUGUGUCACGCUAUCGAUUUGGCUUGCGGCGCUGCACAACGACUGCGCACCCUCGAACUCCAGUGGCCAAUGAUACUUGUGGAGAUGAUUGAAGAUAUUUUAAGAGACUAUUCCAACAUGGAAGCGCACGUUAAAGAACAAAUGCGCAAUUUAACCGAUUCCCUGUAAAUUAAGAUUUAGAAGUAGAAACUAGAACAAAGUGCAAAAUUUUUGAUACCCUUAUAGACAAAUUGUAAUCAUGUUUUUUAGAUAGAAAGUAAUAUUUUAGAUAGAAAAUGUAGGGUUAAAACGCACGUGUAGUUAGUAGAAAGUUAUUUGAAACUAAGAAACGUGAAAUGAAUUAGAUAGUUGCUAGAUAGAUAUUCAUUAUGUGGCAUUUGAUUAUAUCUAAAAAAAAAUGAGCAUUAUAAUAAAUAUGCUUCUGUAGUUUAUUAUUACAGUGUAUAUGGCGCAGCAAUUAUGAAACCUGUGAAGUCUAUGAAGAUCUGUAUUGCGGGUACGAUCCUGUUUUAUGUAGUCCACAUAUCGUACGUUUAUUGUAUGCCUAGGAGUUACAAGUAGUCAUCGCAUUAUUGUUCCUGAUAUCUACGAUACAAGACUUGUAUCAUAGCGUGAAGUUAGAACAUAAAUGUUUGUUAUUAUUGCGAAUAUGUAUUUAUUUUAUAUUGGUAUUUUAAAAUAAAAAUAAGUUGUAGGUCAGUCUGUGAUUUUUUAAAAUUAUACGGUUAUGCCAAUCAAGAGCACCUUAAUAUGUUAAAAAUAUAAGAAUAUGCUUCUUUUCAAUCUUCAAAGAAAAUUUAAUUUAGACACAUUAGUAAUUCGUUGAUAAUCAUAAUUCGUAUCCUCAGAUUAAAAAAUCUUCGUCUUUUUACCUACUCACUGUUAACGACUGAGAUAUCGCAAUUUGCUCAAUGUUAUAUUAUAUUAAUACACUAUAGAAAUGUAUCAAUGACCUAGUAAUGUAGUUUACGCAUGUUUAUAGUAAUGUAAAAAUAUUUAUACUGGGUGUAAUAUGUAAUAAUCGAACUGCCGAUAAUGUGCCUGGUCAUAGAGUAGAAUUAAAAGACGUUUUUAGAUUUU